AGAUGAAGGAUUCCAGUGGAGCGAGGAGGGACUUUCAAGUGCUGGACCGGGGAAACCACAGGUCUGUGCUCCCUCUCACCAACACUCAGACCGGCAGCUGAAGAGAUGGACAGAUGAGACCAGGAGAGAGAUGAGGCCCUGGGCUGACAUGGACCUUUAUGACCUCUCUGUCUGAAUAUUUAACCUCCUGAGGACUGGCUUUAAUAGGGCAGCUGAGCGACCACUUGGGCUAAAAUCCAGCAAAAGUCAAAGGAGUCAAAGAGUUGGACAUAACUAAGAUCACUAUGGAUAUAUACAAGUGUUUUAUCUUGGUUUUCUUCAAUGUUCCUCUACAAGGUAAAUAAUCUCACUUCCUUUAAGUGACAUCUUCAUUUAUUGUUUUUAUUCAUCAAAAUGAGGGAAUGUGUGACAAUUAAUUGUGUGGGGAUAAAAUAAAAGUACCAAAAAUGACAGUGGCCCGACUCUCUAAGAGAGUGAUGGCUCAUAAGAGUGCCAGUUUUUACUAAUUUGACAUUUAUUUGGAGCUGUUUCCAAGUCAGCCAGCACCAACAAAGUUGAUGUCUGUUUUCCAUUUUUACUAAUCGGCUGCUAGACACAGAAGUAUUUUUUUUUUAUUUGACAUUUUUCAAAAGUAUUUCCAGCCAGUAUUUCCUGACUGACAGUCAAAUGAUUUCACAUAAGUGCUCUUUGUGACUCUAUUAAUUGUGCAAUAUCAUCUGAUCAGUAUUAAAGAAGUCUUAGCGACCCUAGCACAAAAAAGACCCACUUCUCACUCACAUUUUUAACAGCUGAAGCCAUGAAUUGAAUCCUUUUUUUUUGCCAUAGGUGCUAAUUUAAUGUACCACAGAGUAUCAGGGGGAGUCAGGAAUCUCAGUCAGAUUCACAUUUGCGCAGGUUGUUUUGCCAAAUUGUGCUCAAGGAAUAUAAAAAUGAGUUUUCACCUCUUAGAUUACCAGUAAUCCCUUCUGCCUGCACAAUAAUUUCACAUCUAAUAAUAAGGACUGUCAACUUCUUUUGGAUAUUUACUUGCAAUUUGUCCAGAGUUAUCUCUGGAUUGUUAUCAAACUACUCACACAUCUAUAACCUGUUUUUUUGUACCCUUAAAGACACAAUUUUAAGUGCUUCAUAUCAGGAUAACAGUGGACAAAUGUGCUUGCUUCAUGAAAAUGUUUGUCUGUUACUAUCGUAGCAAUCGAAGAAGAUGACAAAUGCUGCCCAGAAAAUUUUCCAUAACAAUCAUGUUUCUCUCUCCACACACCUUCUCUUCUGAGGCUUUCUCUCUUUAUACCAGCUGUACAUGGUCACAGUGGUGGCUCUUGAAGGCAAUUGUUGGAUGCUAUGGCAAGUAAGUCAAGCAGACCCUCAACCUCCACAGUGUUAAUUGACCUGCAGGCUGUAACCACCCAUUUAGCUCUCGCACUUGAAAGUUUGUUGCUGUAGAGUUGUCUGAGCAUAUCCAUUGCACACUAUACAGCGUGGACAUUCUUUAGGUUAGGGGGAGUAGGGCUCUCUACAUCAGCUGUGUGCAAGGACAGCAAGUGGUAUCUGAGACUCUGCAUACUCCUGUGGGAACUCAACUCAAAUGGACAAUGAGUGCAAAUAACUUCAUGUGCCAUCUGUCAUACAUCUGGUAGAGCUUUGAAGCCGAACUGACCAAUCAAAAGGCACGUUUUUAUUUUCCGUCUUUGCUCAUAAAGGUUGUUCUGAACAAUUGAACAAUCACAUUUUAGCAAGCUUUGGUGUUUACAGGAGUUAUGGUUUGUGUGGAGAGCAAAAACAGGCAGAAUGCAUACCAUCAAAAUGACACCCUGACUUUCACUGGUAGUAAUCUGACCUUAAUUCUUUAAUCUCCAUUGUGUAGUUGUGCAGGCAGCCAAGUCAGGCUAAAUCUGAGUGCACGUGUCCCUGAAACAUUCAAAUAUUUGCAGUAGUGAGGAGUCAGGGUGCAAGGUCACCCUCCAGUCAAAGCCACGUUAAAUUCACCUGGAAAUUAUAGAUCCAACCUCCUCUUCAACAAACUAAUUUUUUUUUCUGAAUUCUCCUGGCUGUACCUUGGUCAAGGCCAAACUAUAGCGGUAACCAUGCCUGUUUCUGUAGCCACCAUAGACUGUAUAUACUAUGGACAACCUGGUUCCGCCUACCACCUGUAUACGGAUUUGAAGCCAAAUAGCUCUCGGUAUUUCCGGGAUUUUUCUUAAUUUCCUGAAACCAGCGCUGUGCAGUAGCCUUGUGCGCAUUCGGCUGCACAGUCGCCGAGAGUCACUGUGAUGACGCUCGGCUCAAAUAGCGUAUCCCCCUGGGAGAGCUACUCAAUCCCUGAACGCCCAUAGGCUGUAUCAGAUGUCAAUCAUAGCAAACAUGAACCCCCUUACUUUUAACCCCCUAACUUUUAAAAACGGAGCUUCACAGAAAAAAGAGGACUUGAGCACAAACCUGUCUUACAUGUAGUUACAUGUCAACAUCACAAGCAGGGGGGAGAAAAAUUUAUGUUCUGUGUAAUAAAUUUCUAAAGUUGGUCCACAGCCCCAUAAGCUUUGCUGGCGGAGGUGGGAUUUAUGACCUGUACUGCAGCCUAUCAACAGAGGGUGCUGUUCUCGGAGUGGCUUCACCCCGCGAGGAGGCAGACGGUGUCUAUUCUAUAUACAGUCUAUGGUAGCCACCCAACAGCUCUGGAAUAGCUUUAUCUAUGAAGUCCUCUCCCUUCAUUUUUAAGUUUAGAUAUUUCCUCUCAGGCUUUUCAUAAGUUUUCCUUUUUUCAUGCCUCCAACUAUUCAUUGUCCUUUCCUAUUUGCUCCCCCAUAUUUUCCUCAUGUCUUCUCAAUGCUACUUCCUUGUACAUCACUUUGGUCGACAUUAGCUGUCCAAACUUCAUUUCAAGUUUGAUUUGACAAAGUUAGCAUUUUUACUUUUUUAGAAUUUCCAAAUGAAUGAUGUGACCCAAGCCCUGUACAUGUGGGUUAAUGCUAAGAAAAGAGGUUUCUUUUUUGGGCUCAUACAGCUGGAGUAAGCCCCUGUGUAACACUGUCUACUGUUACACUGACACCUACUUGAAACAGAUGAACGACCGCCACCCCGGGGGAUGUAAUGAACCAAAAAUGACAGCGUUUAUGUCUGCAAUGUAGAUGCCACGUGGGAAAUUAAACCUUGGCUUGAAGUCGUUGAAUACUAACCGCCGGCUACACCUAAAUCACUAAAAAGUUAGGAUCCACUCUCAGAGACAUAUCACAUAACGCCGUCAGAUGGUGAUCGAUGAAAGUUGCCGAUGGGUGGAGAUAUCCAUUGAGCAGGAACUCAAAAGUAAUGAGUCCGUCUUUUACCUGUAACCCCGCAUGAAUGCCAACAAUUAGAGUAGCUCUGAUACAGAUCUUUCUGAUGCUGUUAAUACACUAACUCUAUACCUACUAUACAGUACACCAAUUAGACUCACAAAUAAAUCAACAGGUUUUAGGUAAUUUAUCAUGUGACUCUAAAAAACAACAACAAAGUGGGAUAAACCGACUGAACAACACCCAACAUGUUAGGUAUCAGACGUAGUUUUGGGAGGAAAAAAGGUGGGAUAGGAAAUAAAACACGUCUCUCUGUCCACUUCUGUUCAUGUCCUUCCUCAGUACAUUUUCACACAGUUCUUAAUGAAGCUUAGGUCCCAGUAUUUACUAGAAUGGCUAGGAGUUUUACUGGGGGCUCAUCUGUAAAGAUCACACCAUCACAGUCAAGAUUAAACCAUCACACAGCACAUCCUUCAGGAUACAAAAACACCUUUUUCCAUCAUUCUAUGAUUGCGCUACAGAGAGCACCUCUGUUGCUUAGUGACCUAGUAAAAGCUGUAUCUGCCUACUCCAGGAGCAAGACUCACUUAUAUGAAAAUUUGCUGCUCAUGCAUUAUUGGUCUCCAUGAAUACAUAGAUCACAUGAGGACAGAAUGGGUCCAGUACACUGACAUGUCUGGAUCUAAUGAGCAUCAAGCAGUUAGGCUUGCUCCCUGCAAAACUGUAUACAUCAGAGACUCAACAGGACUGGAAAUUAUGUUUGCAUUCAUUUGUGUGCAAGAUUUCCAUGAUAAUUCACAUAAUAAGACUUACAUUAGGGAAACAGAAACUAGAGAUUUUGUUGGUAUAAAUUUAACUAUCAUUUCCUGUCAUCAAUUCGUAAUUUUGGACAAUUUUAUUAAAAAAGAAAAAAACACUCUUACAAGUAGCUCACAAAAAUCCCAUCCUAUUGAUUUUUCUGAAGUUUGGUGGAGAGAAAUUGAGAACAUCUCACACACAGUGUUUCUAACAGUUGAGUUAAAGUUGAUAAAACUUUGAUAAAAACUUUCCCAUCAUAUACUACAAAUAGUACACAGUUGUAUCAGUGAUGGUGUUUUCAUUGUUGGAGAUAGCAUUCACUUUCUUUCAUUUAUAUUUAAUUCUUUUAUCACUUGAGGAAAAACUUGGUGUUUUCAUUGCUUUAGAGGUAAGACACAUUUGUUUUGCUGGUAUGUCACUUGGCUGAGACUGCAGGCAGUUAGUCAUCAGCUGUCAAAAAUCAGGGUAAGGCAUAUACGUGCCACAGUGUCCAGUUUCCUUUUAGAGUUUUCCAGGUUGGAAAAUCCUUUUCUUUUAUGCUCAAGGCCUUCUCACAGUUUCUGAGACGCACUCAGUGUUUCAUUGAGUAACUUGCCACUGAUGUAAUAACAGUCUGAUAUUGUGUGUUGCCUGAACUUGGUGGUGAUGCUACAUCAAGUUUGAUGUAUUUCACCCUUUAGCUGCAGCUUUUCUGUAGCAGAAUUCACAGACAGGUGAUCCGUCCUCCUGAAUAAUUCCUUUGGUUAUUCUUGGGGGAGACCUGAAGUGCUCCCAAACUGCCGACUUGACUCAUUUCUUUUGUGGUUUCAAAAAAUCACCGCUGGGUCUUUCUGAAGUAGUCAAGCUAAUGUAGUGCAGCCUCCAUGGCUCUGAUAAGCAUGGCACAUUAAACUGGUGCUCCACAGGUGUCACUUUGUUGAAAUUCAGGACAGGAUGCGCCAACCAUAUUGUACUGGCCUCUUUUUGAGGAUAACAACAGAAAUUUCAACAAGAGUAACAGUUGGAGCAAAUUACACAGGAAACAUGCAAGUUUUGUAUUUGCAUGUUUUUUUUUUUAAUAUAGAUUUAGAUGAAAUAUCGAUCAAUUUUGCCAAAUCCUUAAUUUACUUUGGAAUCGAGCACUGUAGCGCCCUCUGCUAGGCCCCUGCAGAUUUGAGGAGUUAAACCUGUGUAUCCAAGCCAGUCUGCUGUUAACUGAUAAGAAGCUAUGUUUGGGAAAUUAUUUAAGAUUCGCACCAAAUACAUUUUUAUGUUGUUGUUUUGUUGUAAGGUAGUUAGACUAUUUCAUGUUGUUAUAUUUAGCUUGCUUAAACAGUGUUGAUCCUUUUGGUGACGGGCUGCAUGAUUAAUUGAUUUUUAAUCGUAACCGGAUUAUUUGAUUAUGACGAUGUUAAAAAAUUUAAAACCGUAAAAUCGAUUUUCCUCUUUAUCAUGUCUCACGCCUCCAGGCCACCAUAGGCUCCCCCUUCCUGCAAGAGUGCUCCCCAGUUUCCACACACAUUAGUGUAAACAAACAUGGCAUUUGCAAAAGAAGGCGAUAAUUUUGUGGCUAAAUAGGGCAGGAGCAAGUCAGUUAUGUCGAAUUAGUAUGACUUUGCAGUUCCAGACGAAGACCUGUCUAUAUGUCCCCGCCCUGAAGCAAAUUCAGGAUUAAACGCAAAACCUUUUUUUUUGUAUUGGCAUUGCAUCCACACAGAAAUGGCAGUGACUGUAAAUGGUACCUUUUGAAAACAGGUCAGAGAGUGCCUAAAUCCAUAAAUGACUACCAUUUCAUCUCCGUCUGGAUGUCUACCUGCAACUCUCUUGAAACGAUUAUGUCACACCCAGCGUAACUCUUUUAUGGCGCCUGCGCAUGUCCGACCAGAGCAACCUUUAAAGGCAUGCUCUGUACUCUUCUUCUGUCUUUUGUGCAUUUGCUGUGCAGCGUUACAGCGCCACUCAUUGGCUUGGCAUAUGCACUACAUCAUUUUCAGUAGUUUUGUUUUGAGAUAUGAUAGAAAAACGUUUUAUGAAAGUGAAGUUUGGUAAAGUUGUCACUGAGUACAAUAUCAAAAUCAAAAUCUAAAAUCGAAUUUUUAGAGAGUAAAAAAAAAAGGGAUUUUAUUUUUAGCCAAAAUCCUGCAGCCCUACUAUGGUGUAACCUGUUUUCAUACAAAGAGUUUAAUGUCUCCUCCCUUCUUCCUCUAAAAUCCAGAGGUAUUCCUUUAGAAGUGGUUUUUAGAUACAUUAUAUUAUUCUGUUUUUCCAGAAAAAACACUAUGUUAAUGCCAGAAGUGAUAAACGGAACAGAGAGAGUUUAAAACCAGCUACACAAGCACAUGUAAAAGCACAGUAAAAGGAGUAUAAAAGUUCAGAUCUGCAUCCCUGCGCUAAAUGCUAAAUAGAUACAAAGAGACCAAUGAAAAGUAUGCUGGAAAAUUGCACAGUUAAAGAAGAUGGCACAGGAUAUUUUCAACAAAAAUGGGAAAAGAGACAAAUCAAUAUAUGAAAGUCAACUGACCUGCAAAGUUUACCACGAGUAGUGGAUUCCCCCUCUCUGAGAGUCUGGGGAACAUCAUGAUCUGUACUGAAGCUAUUCAUAGUGUUCUGUAAAGCACACCGUACAGAAGUAAACUCAUCCAGUAGUUACCUGCACACAUAACUGCUCUGACCUGCACAUUGUCAAAGUCAGGACACCCUGCGAGCUCCCCCAUCUAAACCCAUUAGUGGUGAUGCUGCAAUGGAAUCUACCAGAGCGUCUCUCUUUAUUUAAUAUCAGCUGCAUUGGACAGAUAUCGCUCGAAGCUGAUGGGAUCAAACAGAAGUACCUGCAUGUGACUGUUUUUCACUGUUCAAAAAAAUAAAACCACAGAGACGUUUCAAGGUUGCUGGGCAUCAGGACACGUCAAACAGGUUCAAGUGCAAAUAAAAAGAAAAAAAGUGGAGAGAAAAAAAAUAUCCAUUUAAUAAGAUAUUGAUCCCAUGCCUUAAAGAAAUGAGGAUGCCAGUUUUCAUGCAACUGAAGGACAGCCCAUCAGCUUUGAUUGAGUGGGUUGAAGGACCUAAGAGGAAGGCCAGCAGCAUGACAACAACACCUGUGCCCCUGUUUUAGGAAUACAAGAUACGAUAGGUGGAUAUAAAAGAGAGAAUCAUAUUUAUAAAUCCUUCCUGUACAAUCACACAACUCAAGUGUUAACACGGUAACAUAAAAAAACACCCCUAGCUCCUGCACAAUUAAUAUAUCCUGCAACAAACAAUGUACACAUUACAAUGCUCCACACAAAAGAAAGACUGAAUUAUGCAGCAGUGGCAGGAAAAUGAACUAUCAGUGAGGCUGGUGAAAUAUAAAUCACAGCAUAUGAUGUAUUGCUGUGCCACUGAACUACCUUCACAGAUGCACAAGGUCCAACAUAGGAAACUGCCUAAUUGAAUAUCAGGAUUGGAAUACAAAGGACAUUGUACUGUGCAGCCUCAGGACAACCCUGUCUCUUUAAUUGUUCCCAGACCUUGUUAGGGUCAUCCCCAGUGCUGCGUAAGUCAAUGGUGAACUCUGUGUGUGAUUGAGUUCCUCUAUUAGACCGUCCAUGGCAGAGAGGGAAACUAAGGCCGAGAGGGGGCAAGAGGGAGGGCAAAGGAGGGAGGGGUGAGACGUCUGGACAGAUCACUCCAUCAGCCCGUCUGUUUGGAGACACAGAGGAUGUCCUCAGAAUCAGAUUCAUCCUUCCUUUUUUACUUUCUCUCAUCUCCUGCCUCCCCCUCCCUCCUCCACUUUCUGCUUUUCUCAUCUCUCAGAUACAGUCUCAUGUAACCACACGCCACCUGUAUAAUAGAGGUCACCCUCCUUUUAGAUUACACUCUGUAUCUACAGCAGUGGAUUCUUUAUGGGAGCAGCUAGAUCAAUUAUAAAUGAGCUUAUCUCACACCUUAAAAAAUACAUCCAGUAUUAAUAUUAUGCAUUUGAAUUCAUGGUUUGUAUUAGUGUAUAAAAAUGCAACAAACUCAAACCGGUUUUAUUUAGAAAGCUGCUGGCAGAGUGUGUUUAAAGGGUGAGCACUAAAGAAAAGCAGCAUCAAAUUGAGGAUUAAAAGAAAGAUCUUAAUGUGUAUUGUUUUCAGCAGCCAAAAAGAUAUCAAAAGAACGUAGAGGGGCUACAAAAAGGCACGUCUUUAGUCAAAGCUUUCCUCAUGUGUCUGAUCUUUUUCUCUCUCCUAUCAGUUUACUGUCAGGUAGAACCUCGAGCCCACGCCGAGGAGAGGCUGCUCCAGAAUCUGUUUGCACAUUACAAUAAGCUCUCCAGACCUGUUGAAAACACCACAGACACAGUGCUCGUCCACUUCGGCCUCUCAAUCGCCCAGCUUAUUGAUGUGGUGAGUAAAACCUUGCGGCUUUGUUCAAGUCCUGAACAAAUAAGCAGCAAAUCCAUUUUCAGAAGCAUCAAUUUGACGUGUAAGCUCUGUGAACCACAUAACAUGUUCUUUUUUUUUUUUUUUUCCAUGAUGGCACCUCUUGGUCUGGCAUCGUCAGGCUAGCUUGCAAAUGUAAAUAACACAAUUACUUUGAAUUAUCAAAACAUGUUAAUAAUGAAUUUGAUGUACAAAGUUGAUGUAUCAAGAAAAUAAGCAGCGGGUAAAGUUAGCUCUCAUUGUUUGCCACUUUUAUUCAAUCUGAAAACAAGAUUUUACAAGAGUUCCAGUUUUGAGAGUCUGGACUCCGGAUGAUGGUUAGAAGAGUCUGUAUGUGCUCAGUUCACCUGAUUGUUUCUCACCACACACUAUGGAAACAAAACUUUGAAAUCUGUCAUCAUUUACUGCUGUGCCAGGCUUCAACCAUUAUUCAUCUGGAUGGCUAAAACAAAUGUUUAGGGAAACACUGUUGCCAUUACCUCAACUUGCAUUUGACGAUUGUGUGUAAUUGUCUUGUUCACAGCAGACAACUGGCAUGUUUAUACCUGCUUGGCGCUUUUAGGUUAAAAGGAUAUUCGGGCAUAAAUUUUAAGUCAUGGUCAAACACACCGUAAGACAGAGUUAGAUCCCCCUUGAGAGAUGAAUUUUGCCGACUGCUUGCUUCUCUAGUUUCACCAACUUAAGUAACGACCGCACAAUAGCAAUACACAGCAGUUUACGUCUCCACUCGCAUACCUCAACCAAAAAGCCACUCUAUAGCCACAAAUAAUGCUCAGAACAGCACCUAACUUCAUCAACAGUACAUAUAGGGUCCCAGCCAUAGUACUAGUCACCAAACAUCUUUUUAGCUUUGUCUGAUUUCUUUAGCAAAGAGACCAAACACAACUCACUCACCCUCCUCCAGCAGCUGCUUGUUUGUGAGGGAGUCCUGACAAGUCCAUCACAGAGUGCAGCUCAAGGAAGAAUAUUUAUGAUCAUUACUUCAUGGAAAUACAAUCAGACCAAGACGCUAAGGCAAAAGAACUGCAGCGUCUGCAGUGCACAUACAAAAUACACAAGAACUCUGAUUGCAGAGUAAGGGCUAUAGGCAGCCUAGCUUUUCAUUGUUAAUAUAUAUGAUGCAGAGGCAAAUAAAUGCUGUAUAGCUAUUCAGUUUGUCAUGCCAUACACAAGUUGGCCUGGCCUGGCAUGCCUCUGUGGGUAUUUUCAAUCAUUUCCACAAUGUUUCCUGCAAUGUUUAAUAAUCAGAAUGUCACCCUUAUGGGACACAUUUAAUCACACACAAUACAAAUUAAAGCAAAUGACCUUGUCUUAUUUCCUGCUGGAAUAUGUCAAAUCUUACCUUCUGCAUUGGCAGACAUUUCAUUCACUUUAAAAUUUUCAGUUCUAAUUAAUUUCCUUUUAAUAUCUUGAAAUAGCUGUUAAUCUAGACAUGAAAUGAGGAUGUGGCAUAUUUUUGGUCAAACAUAUCCCAUCAGACUUAAUAUAAGACAAAUACUCUGGAAUUUCACCCAAGUUUCUGCUCUAGAAAACAUCUCUCCCACAUCAGUUGGAUUCAUCUUUGUUGUUUACCAAAUAGACUUAUCAGGCUGUUCAUUUCUGUGAGUCAUCAUAUCAAAUCUGUCUCAUUUAACAAAAAACUGUCAUAAUUGGUCUGACUUCAGGCAGGCUGGAUGUAUAUCUGUCUAAAAUGUACCAAAAUGAUAACAAAGUUUCCAGUCAAGACUUAGUUCUGUAGGUAUUUUGGUGAUGAUGUGGUGCAGUAUAAAUGAGAAUCGACUGAUUCAUUGAUCAACCCGAAGGAGGACCAGACAUAUCUGCCAGAGGAAGUGAAACAUGAGGCUCCAAACUUUCAACAACACAAACUUUCCAAAAACACCCUGUGAAUGACAGCUCAGAGUUAAGCAUCUCUGAUACAGAUCCUUCAUCUGAAUUUAAAACUGACAGCAAACAUUGCCUCAGUUUGUCUACUUGAAUAGGGCUUAGAAAGUUGAUGAGCAGAAAAGAAAAUAAGUUUGUCUUUUUUGCAUGCAAAAAGCAGACAUUUGUCUUUGACUUACAUGCAAAUUUUUUUUUAAGAAAAAAAAUCACAUAAAAUCACUAUAAACUUAUUGUAAAAGCACAAACUAUUAACAGACGGAAAUACAUAAGAGAUAAAGUAUAGUGAGAGCGUAGUUAAUGGGAAAUAAAAUCCUAACAGGGUGAGACAAAAUGUGUGCAGUAUAAGAAAGCAGGCAAGUAUUUAAAUGCAUCAGCAUUAAAGACUUUUAAAGGCUACUUGGAAAUAUUUUGCAAACAUUAGCUUUUACACAGGAUACUCUGUACAUCUGUCUUUGAGGCAGAAGCUGCAAGAGGUGAUUUAAUUGAUGGCUGUGAUCAUAUGACAAUGAAGAUUGUGCCCCAAAUGGGCAGGUGACGGGACAGUGAUUUUCCCUCGUAAUUUCCCCCCUUUUUUUUUUAACCAUUUGGUUUGCUUAGCAAUAGUCCCAUGUGAGAGCUAACUGGAACAAAUGCAAAAUGCAACAAUGUAAACAUUUGGUCCCUGAUCCGGACCUUAAGCAGACUUUGGGUGAGAAAGGCCCCUUAAGUACUCUUCCCACAACACAUUGUUUUAAAUGAGCAUGCUUUCAGUCAGUAAUUGUUAGUCCAUUGUUAGUCCAUUUGAUGUGCAUUUGCUGACUUCAAAGCUGCAGCAGAACAAGUCUUUGCUGAGAAUUUCACACAAUCUGAAAGUGUAAACCUCUGGUCUGAAUUUAUCCCCAGGUAGAAAUUGUUACAUUUGUUUGUGUAGACAAUGCAUUUUCAGGUACUGUUUCUAUUCACUGUCUCAUACUCAUUAUGAUAAUAAUAGCAACUAACGGAAAGCUAUUCUUGGCAUGAGAGACAAUUUCUAAUAUACAGAUCAGCUAUCAGCGGAAAUGAAACCACAGCAGGAGAGAUUGAAACGUUUUCCCAAAUUAAAUCAAAUGACUCCUCCAGUAUGGAAACAAUGGCAGUAAAUAUUCACAACUGUUUCCUAAAACAGAAAACAAGACACAGAUAACUCUGCCAAAAUAAUCUAUCCCCAUCCUCUCCUCUCUCUGUGGUAUAUCUGCACUGCAAAGCUUGAUACACAUAUUCAUUUCAGACAAAUAUUGUAGCAGGGUUUUUGUUGACUACAGGUAAAACUGUCCUAAAACACCUCUAACUAAGCCAUUUAGAGCCCUGCAAAGUUGGGGCAGCUCUGAGAUUGAAUAUGCACAGCCUGCGGUGCUGUAGGGACCAUUAUCCAGGGUUUUGCACACACAAUUAAGAGACAGUGUCUGCUCCACAUGCCUGGUAUAGUGAGAGUCAGCUCUGGGUGAGGUUUUCUUCUCCUGUUUUCCUUGACUGCUGUGUCUUAGAUGUAGCUGAGGAAGCGCAGGGGGAAGCAGCUUGCCAGCAGUGGCAGAAAUGCAACAGCAGAAAAUACAGCGAGGGUUUCUGCAUAAAGCUCUGUAGAGUACUUCUUCUCUGUAAUAUUACACAACUAAUCUGUCUAAUAAACUGAGGUUAUGUGUGUUGAUUUGUUCUUUAACCAGUGUUUGGUAACAUUAUUUAUUGUGUUACAACCUCUUCAAAAAUAAAAACUCUUAUUUUGUUGAAAACACAACAAGUGGUAAGAAACUCAAAUCUUGUCCUGCACAUUCUGUCCCUCUGCUUUUCAGACACACACUGACGCACACACACACCUGCCUCCUCCUGCUUCUCUCCUUGCUCUCCUUUCUUCACCCGAAGCUGCUGGAUAGUUUGUACUAUUGUGUUGAAAAUACAGCAAUCCAAAAUUAAACUUCUCCACACUCCCGAACUUUGUGUCUCAUUGAUCAGAGCCACUCAUGAUGAAGUGAAGGUGAAAGCUGUUUAAAUGGAGGGGUCGCACCCAUAAGAGGGUGUGCAGGACAUACCAGAGGCAACAGAGAUUGCCUGAAAUUUGAAACACAGAUCAGCUGACAGGCUUUUGUCCUCCAGACACAGCUUGCAUUUCACUCCGAUGUUGUUCUAGCUUCUUUUUCCAAAGAUUCAAAAUAAUGGGAAUAUUUCUAAAAUGUACCAGCUGUCUGCUCUGUCAACUUACUCAAGCAUUGGUUGGUUGGUUUAUCUUUACCUGCCUUAAAGCAGGGGGCAAACGGAGACAGUUUUAUAAAGUAACUAAGAGAUCACUGAAACACGUCACGUCAGCAAAAAAGUAAUCCUUGCCCCCUGGAUUAUUGUGUGAUCCAAGUAAUACCCCAAACACUGUAACUGAUUUGUAAGUGCAGGUACUAACUCUCAAAAUACGUUACUCAAAGAGUUAAAUUCUAUCUCUGCAAUUAUGAAGACGUAGAGGUAUAAAUAAAAUCUUCACAAUAAUGUUUGCUUCUGUUUUUCAUGAAACAAGGAUGAAAAGAACCAGAUGAUGACCACGAACGUUUGGGUCAAGCAAGUAUGUGAUGAUGAGGGUCAAAAAACAGCAUGUGUAGAUAUUCACCUUAAUGUCAGUCUUCAUUAUUACAAUACGUUUAAUGUCCCCCUCCAGGAAUGGAACGAUUACAAACUCCGGUGGAACCCAGAAGAGUACGAAAAUGUCACCUCUAUCCGUAUUCCCUCAGAGAUCAUUUGGCGGCCUGACAUUGUCCUUUACAACAAGUAAGCCUCACUAUCAGUUUUAUGUUUUUCAUGUGAGGAAAUCGAUUUUCAUGAAGCAGCUAAUAUGCCGAUAUUGAAGAUUUAAUUCCAACAGAUGGUAUGACUGGAGGAAAAACAUGAAGAAGCGCCAAACAUCUCGUCCUGUGCCAAUGUCAUAAAGUAAUUUAGCUAAAAUGAAUGUGAGCGAGGUCAGGUUUAAUGGAUGUGGUUGCAAACAAAGCUUGGUACGUUGUGCAGUGCAACACAUUAUACAAAAAAUUAGAAGAUGGAAUUUAAUUGAGUGUGUUUCAAAGAGCGUCAGAUAAAAUGCAUCCAGUGAAAGUGCCUCGUUUAGACAAAGUAUUUAUUUUACUUAAUGAGGAGAAUUAAUACAAAGAGAAACAGCUGCAGCAGAUUUAGUUUAAUACAAGAGUUAAAUUCACAUUUAAUUUUACAAACAUCAUUCUAUCUUUCUGUGAUGAAACAUCAGAGGCUCUAACAUUAAUCUGAGAGAUCUAAUAAGGCAAGACAUGGCAUGAUUGCUUCAUUUAUACAGGAAGUGUCAAACAGGGAUUGUCAAGGUCCCUUUGAUAAUGGCCUGAUUGUACAGCAACACAUUGACGUCAAAAUAAAUUAAAGAGACAAUGGGUUUGCCUAUUCAAUAUCCUUUCAUCUUUUUUUUACUGAUUUGCAACAGAGUUUUAAAUUGACAGUGAGUAUUAUACUUACAGGUGACAGCUGUGUUGUGAUUUCUGAGGUGGCAGCUUUGAAUUCAGAAUCAUUUUUUUUUUGUUUAAAUUUAAAUAAGAAACUUGUUUCAUCUGUAUUACUCAGCUGCAGAAAGCUUAUGAAGAUAAUACAUUUCAUUCCAACUGUUUACAUUAGGGCUGCCACUCCAUCAGAUUUUCUCCUUACAAUGGACAAAAAAAAUCACAGAAACAUUAUCAUAACUAUGUUUAUGGGAAGUCAAAUUGAGGAAAGGCAGGACGAGGGUCGAGAAACACAUAAUGUACGAAACUUAACUAAAAACCCAAAUUAACUUACAUAUUAUUCAUUACAUCACCAGCCGAAUGACUAAAACUAAUUUGGAAAAGACAUUGCUUCAUAAAAUGAUUUUUUUAAUGCCUCUUUUUUUUCCCAUCUAGCAGUUUGGCGACUUUAUUUGACGUAUUACCAAAUAUGCGCUUAUUUUGAAGUAACAGAACUAAAUGAAAAUAGUUUAAAAACACACCGGAAGUAUAAAUAUUCUGUACAUUUGUAACCUAAAAAGAAACAAACUUUUACAUUAUAUUUUGAGUUACAUUAAAUCUUGAACAAAGUUUUAAAAUCAUCUCUCUUAGAGCUGAUAGAGCUAGCUCACUAGCAUGUGCUUCUACUCUUGUCUCCUCUCUAUUUUAUGAUGUGUGGCAAAGAGAAGCUCGACCAUGAACUUCCUAUAAUACCAUAUGCUUAGCAUGACAGCAGUCUCUCUCUCUCUCUCUCUCUCUCUCUCUCUCUCUCUCUGUGUGUGUGUGUGUGUGUGUGUGUGUGUCUUUCUUUUAAAGAUGGUUAUCAUCUGUACCAACUGCAACACUUCCUAGUUUGAGAGUGAAGAACAAGACCUCCAUUCUCUGUCCAUGGUCCUGAAAUCUGUGUAAAAAUAAACAAUCAAAGUGGUUUCCAUUGCUUUGGCCAGUGCUUAUAAAACAAGAUUAAGGCAUUGUGAGUGUAGCAGAGGGCUAUCAACCCUUUCUUUCAAUGUCCAUACUUUGUGCUAUUACAACACCAGAUGGCUGACAACUGGAGCUGUUUAGGACAUCAAAUACACAUGAUGAUCUUUUUUCUUUAAGAAUUACUAAACAGACUUUAAGUGAUGGACUAUUGUGGUUACUGGGUCAGUUGUUAGCUAUAUGGCUGUUGUGGCAGAUGUUUCAAAGUCACAGGAGGAAAUCUAUCUCACAGUGGCUGACAGGUGAUUUCUCUGUGUACUCAAGUUAAUUGCAACAGGGUUGACAGAUGACAGGGUCAGCUGACGAGUCAAAGCAGCGCAGAGUGAGUGGAGCUCAGGUGUGUUAGUAGGACUGGACAGACAAGAGAGGAUUACAACAAAGAUUAAUCAGAUUAUAGAGACAGGCCAUGAAAGAGAGAACGAUCAGACAGCUGUUGCCAUGGUAGUCUUCAGUCACAGAGAGAGAUCUCUGACCUAGAUGGGUCAGAUUCUACUUUGAUUGUCUCUACUAAACAAUCUACAAAUUAAAGACAGAAUAAGAGGCAUCAGGAAUAAGAAGACAACACAAAGGAAAGUCAGAAUCCAUCAAAUGAAUAAGUAUUUAAUGUCUUAUGUGUGUUUUUAUGUUACCAAGAAAUACAGCAGCUUCCGAACCCCGGACUGUUUACCACACAAAACUCGGUCAAAUCACUUCAAUCACCUGAUGAAUCAUCAAAACAAAGAUCAAACAUUUCCACAUGAACAAACCAAAACCUGUUCAUCCAUAGAUUUUUUUACCCCUCUCCAGUCAUAUAAACUUGUCCUAUUGAAAUGCCCUAUUAAAACCUUUGUUUGAACGCAUUAAAAUGUUUUCUUUUGUCUUGUGUUUGCUCUUUUUGAUCCUUGUAAUGGGUUUUUGCUUUGUAGGAGACUUUACCCUCUUUUUUUUUAUUUAUUUUUUUUUUGCAGUUGUGCAUUUUUUGUCUAGUCAAAUUGAUCUUUAUAGUACUGUUUCUAUCUGUUGGAAGUUGUUACAUGUUGUGUUCCACCAGACCUUUAAAUGUGAGUGCCAGCAGUAAAAUAUGUAUCAACAAAUACUGCAUCUUUAUAUAAUCAGAGACAAUAUUAGCAUAAGUAAUAGUGUUAGGCAUUUCUUGUGAGAAGCUGAUGCAGGACUAAUCUCAAUACACGGUCAACAAUCUGAUAAUUUUUUAGGUAAGUUAUGUGGCAGCAUGAUGGUAUUUAGCUUUGGGAUUUAGUAAAGCUAUGGUGAUUGGUGAUUUGAAAAGUUUGAUCACGUUUCUUAUUAAUGCAAAUAACAUCUAAACUUAAAUGGAUUGAAAUUUACUUAUGCAGACAUUUAAGAAGUGUUGCAUUUGGAUUUCAUCAUAAAUGCAUUCUUACAGCUGCUCUGCUAAUGCUAGUACCUUGUGCCUGCACGUGCCUUUAAAACUACAGGGAUCGGUUUAUCUCCGCAUGUAUGGGGGCCAGUGACAUAAGAAAGGUAACAUGAAAGAAAUAAAAUAAUCUUCCUUAUUGAAAAGGGUUAUCAGCUUAAAGAACGUCAGGGAUAAAAGUAUUUAAUGGUUUGCACCCGUUGCUCUCCAAACAUGAAAAGAUCUACUUUUUAGUCACUAAAAGUCAUGGUUGAAAUGAAAACUUUUAUAUAAAUAUGAUUUUAUUUAGAAGAGACCUCAGAGGUAAGCAAACAAUGAAUAUAAAGGCUUUACCUUGAUCUUGGGAACAUUAUUUCAGUAGUGAACACUUACUUGCUCUGAUCAGGGUUUUUGACAUAGGUUAAUUGAAGUGCAUCAACAAUCAAAGUUUUAGGAUUCAGUUGAAGAGGUGUAAAAAAAAAUCUUGGUCCAACUGAAUAAAAAUUGCUAAGCUCUGGACAGGAAGGCUUUGUGAAGAGCUUAAGUUUUUCCUCUCUUCUCUGCUCUUACACCCUAUCCUUUCUCUGCAGUGCUGAUGGCGACUUUGCUGUGACUCACCUCACAAAGGCUCAUCUGUUCUAUGAUGGUCGGAUAAAGUGGAUGCCGCCGGCCAUUUACAAGUCUUCAUGCAGCAUAGAUGUUACCUUUUUCCCUUUUGACCAGCAAAGCUGCAAAAUGAAGUUCGGCUCUUGGACUUACGACCGAGCCAAGAUCGAUCUGAUCACGAUGGCCAGUAAUGUGGACCAGAUGGACUACUGGGAGAGUGGGGAGUGGGUCAUUGUCAAUGCAGUGGGCAAGUACAACACAAAAAAGUAUGAGUGCUGCACAGAGAUCUACUCAGACAUCACAUACUACUUCAUUAUUCGGAGGCUCCCAUUGUUCUACACCAUCAAUCUUAUCAUCCCCUGUCUGCUGAUCUCCUGUUUGACAGUGCUGGUGUUUUAUUUGCCAUCGCAGUGUGGAGAGAAGAUCACCUUAUGUAUCUCGGUGUUGCUUUCCUUAACUGUAUUCCUCUUGCUGAUCACAGAGAUUAUACCUUCAACAUCACUGGUGAUUCCCCUGAUUGGAGAAUACCUGUUGUUCACUAUGGUCUUUGUUACACUCUCCAUCAUAAUUACCGUCUUUGUGCUGAAUGUACAUCACAGAUCACCACAAACCCACAGCAUGCCUCACUGGGUGCGAAGAGUAUUCUUAGACAUGGUGCCACGAGUUUUAUUCAUGAAGCGCCCGCCAGGCACGGCCAAGCAACACUGCAAGAAGCUUAUUGAGAUGAUGCACCGACCUCCCACCAUAUCUGCUACAGGCAACUCGCAGGCGUUUUGGUCGGGGUUAGAGACAGGGUUAAGACAGACAAGUCAAAAAGAGACUAUCCUCCCAAAGACUCCGUCAGACAGUCCAAGCAUCCUGGUCUGCUCACCCUCGCCAGCCACGUCUCCAGUUGAAGAUUGCAGCGAGGAUAAUCACUCAGUGAAGGCCAUUUUCUGCAGGACCACAUCCGGUCAGUAUUCAGCCCUCUCAGAGAGACUCUCCUUACGUGGACACAACUCUGUAGCAUCUUCAUCCUCCCAGCUGUCUUUACCCCCAACGUUGCCAAUGGGUCCAAUUCGCAGACUCUCCAGGGAAGAACCCACUUUGCUCGCCCCGAAUGGACGCUCUCACAGUGCAGAGCAAAUGUGUGACCAUCUGAAAGAACUUCCACAGGGACCUGGGCAUCUGUGCCGUUCCCGCAGCUUCCAGUACUGCUGUCUGCAUGAUGAAGGGUCAGGGGUCAUGGGCAUCUUAAACCAGGUGAGGAAACAAUCCCCUGCAGAAACUCUCACAGCAGAGACCACUAAAGACGUGAGCACCCAACAGGACACAGUGGUUACAACCAUUUCUCCAGCUGUGCAGCGGGCCAUAGAGGGAGUUCAGUACAUUGCUGAUCAUCUCAGGGCAGAGGAUGCAGAUUUCUCAGUGAGUCCAUAACAUUUAUUUCUAUUUAAGCUAAUAUUAAUAGUCUGCAUAGUUUUAAAUGUUGAGCUGAUUGUGUUAAUAUACCACCUUUCAGUCCGUUAGUCUGGGGUGCUUACAGGGCUGUGUUGCCAGUGGUUGAAUUGGCUUUUGUAAGGAGGAGGAGCCCCAUUUGCUGUGUUACCCAUAGGUUUUCAGAAGGCUAUGGUGGUGGCGGGGGUUGUGAUGUAAAUGUAACAUUUUCUUUCUAUGAGAGACUGUGGGGGAAUGACUUGAUUAAGGGAAACACUAACUUAGCAUUAGCUUGUCAAUGGUAAGCUAAUAAGAAGAGCGGUUAAUCAAAUGAAAACUACUCGCCCUCCUCAUCUUUUCACAAUUUGCUAAUGUUGCAUUAGCUCUGUAGAGACUUUAUCACAGAAACAUAAAGAUGAAAACAGACAUUUAGUUUCAGUAAAUUCACAAAGUUAACAUUUUGCUGUGACAGUUAUUUCACCUACCAGUGUGUUUGUGUGCGUGCACUUGCGCAGUAUGCAAGAAGAUGCUGGUAGCAGUGAAAACAUGGACCGGAGUUUCAUUUGUCUCAUUUCAGCACUUUCAGCCUGUACCUAAAAUGCUGAAAUGGACUCUCCAAGUGAGCUUGUCCUUCAGUGUUGACCGUAUAGGAUGGCAGAACCUGAUGCCAGGUUCAUACAAAGAUUCACAAAGUUCUCAAAAUGAGCUGUUAAGAGAAGCACGUGAACGCGAUGACACCAGCUUCAGUAUAUAUCAUGUUUUAAAACUUAGCUUAGACUUAAUGGGCCAACAGUGUUACAUAAAAACAGAUCAGCAUUUAGGUCUCCUUUGAUAAGAUGGGUUUUUAGAAAGUGGGGGUCGUCUUUUAAUUGAGUUAGUACACUGUGUUUACAUGUCCCUGAAAAGAACUUUUUAUCCAGCUGAAAGUUCCUGUUAAUGUUAGAUUCAUGGCCUUCAGACAUCCCUCCCAGUCUUUGUUGUAUGUUCGCUGUUACUUUGCCUUCAUUUUUUACAGUGUUGCGUACCUCUUUAGUACUUUUAAAAUGUAUCUGUGAAAAUGUCUUUGAGUUUGAAAGAUGCUCAGCAGCAAAACACUACAGGUACACAGUACCAAGUUGAAGUAAUUACUGAGAUAUUGAAAGGUCUUUUGUAUAGCUGGGGGAGAAAUACAAAAAUGUGUACAAUUCCUUUAAAAUCAGCGGUGAGAGUUUUGCAUUCACUGGCAGAGUGAUUGCCAGUAGCACAAUGCGCUUUCUAUCCCCUGCCAAGAAAAAGGCUCUUCUUGGGACAACAGGACCCAUGUAAUUUGACCUUGAAUUUUUUAUAGGAGAGACGAGCGAGGAUUGACUGACAUUUAAGGAGAAAGCUGCCUCAUAAUGAAAAAAUCAGCCAUUCGAAAGAAAUCAAUCAAGAGGAGAAAGUGACAACUGGUAAAACGAAGGAAAGGUGGUGUGGUGUGAAAUUCACAAUGUCCCUCUCUGUUGUGUCUCUUCUCGUUCAGGUGAAGGAGGACUGGAAGUAUGUGGCCAUGGUCAUUGACAGGAUAUUCCUUUGGAUGUUUGUACUGGUGUGUAUAUUGGGAUCUGUGGGACUCUUUCUUCCUCCGUGGCUUGCUGGAAUGAUCUAGACUCUCUCAUGGACUGAAAAAACAGACUCAAAGACAUCCUGUCAGAUAUUGUAAAAAAUAAGAGGAGCAGCUUAUCAUUUUUCUUUUCUUUAUCUAUUUUUCAAAGGAACUACAAGUCACACUCUUUGCUCUUGCCCCAGGUCAUCAGAAGGUUUCAUAUGAAGGAACGAGAUUCAUUAUCUGUCAUUGAUCCCAGUGGAAAUAUAAAUUCUUUAUAAGGUCAAAGGCCAACGGAGAAAAUAUCCGUCUGCACCACUCCAUCUCGACAUUGAGCUGUGUAGCCCCGGCUGUCACCUUCAUAAAAACACUGAGGGUGGGACUUUGACCCAUUUACAACAAUAGAGAAAGACUUAUAUAUAGAUAUAUUUAUAAGAUAAAAAAGACAUGGUUCAAGUUUUCUCGCUCUUCCCACUACUGUAGGAUCUAUAAGGUAAAGUUAAACCAGACAACUCACACUUAGAUUUUAUAAAAAGUCUAUUCCAGCAGCAGCAGAAGCUUGGCUGUGUGUGGAGUCUGGGCUCCAACUUCAUCACUCAGUGUAGUUUUAUUUUUAUAUGAUGAAGGACAAGCGGGUCUAGUGGGUGCUGGGAGGUGGUUGAAUGUUUGGCACUGGCGAAGCAGAGGCAGAGACCAGAAAUCUUUCAGCUGAGAGGAGCGGCCAAGCUGAGAGGAUUAAUGUGAUUGUGAGAAUGACGUGUGAUGUGAGUUGCUGGCUGCUGAAUUAGCUUGCAAGAGUCAGUCCCUGCAAAGUAUUCAUACAUCACUGGUGGUUUCUGACAAAUUAAAAUGCAGAUAUAUUUGGAAAAAGAUUUUAGUAUGUUCUCAGGUUUAACAUUUCCAAAGGUCUUUGCACACAGAGCAUGUCUUUCAGAUAUUUUUUUUCCAGCUCUGUAAGCCGAUACAAACAUCACACACAUAAAGCUUGCACUCUGAACCUGAUGUAAUCUGAUCCUGUCCAUUGUGAAAUUUCUAGAUAAGACAAAAAAUUGAGCCAACAAGCAGUGAGGCUGAUUCUAUAGUUCUUUUACUCAUUGAAAAAGAAAGCAAAAACCCUGGGGCCAUCCAAUCCUGAAAAAAUACAUGAGUGAGGGGAGUUGCUUCUCCUGUGUAAGGGACUGCAGAAUUAUCCCGACUAAUUCCAGGUACAUUUUAGGAUGUCAGCAGUCUAAUUAACACUCUUCUGGUGGAACCACGCUUAAAAAAGACCAACAGGUAGGGACACAAACAGACUAUUAAUCCAAAAUGUGCCAUUGGAAAAGUGUAUAUCCAAAUAAAAUCUUGCUUGUCUAUAUUUUCUUAUAUGAAGACCACAUUGGAUGCAUCCCAAAAAUACAGAAAAUCAAACCUGCUCUCCAAAAAAGACAAAUGCAAGUUACAGAGUCAGUGUGCAAACAUGAUAGACACAACAUGAAAAUGGUAUUUCUUUAAAAUGUGGGACAAUGUCAGACAAAAGAAGGACAGAGCUCUCAGGAUUUCAGAUUUUCACUUUGAAUUCCAUGGCCAGAAAUUUUAAAUAUAUUUAAAUUUCCUGUGAGUUUUUGUCGAUUUUGGCACCCCAGUGGACAACCUAAUACCUCCAAUAAAGUGUUAUCCUCCUUUCAUUUGCUUUCUUGCUGACACAGCUUGUCCGCUUGUUAUAUAAAAUAUGACAGUGGUAUAUUACUGAUGUCUGUAUACAUCAUCAAAGGUUUUUGCCAUGAUUUGCAUAUAGUUUUCUGUAUACAAAGUACAGAUAAAAAAGGGAAAAUUCACUUCCUCCUCAGACAUCUGAAGUCUCUUGUGCACAGUUGACAGCAGUAUGUUUUUUAAGGCGGGUAUCAUUGACAGUUGCAGUGUGCUACAUGAUGUGCAAACACGACUUUCUAUUUGUGAAUACCACAGCACUUAUUAAGCGUUAAAACGUUGGGAUUUAAAGUCGUCUGUAACCCCCAAAGUUCCCCCUUAAAGGGAGAUGGAUGUGGUAUUUCUGUGCUUGAUGUGAGUAGAAAAGACUAGGAAUGAUUGUCUUUCUGUAGUUUUAUUAUUUAAGCAUGAUUUCCAAGGCCUAGCUGAAUUCUUGUAAUUACUAUUUAAAGCUAAAGAUAUGAAUAGAUGACUACCAAAUUUAUUUUAUUGAUAUUAUUUCUAGGCGUAUGUUAAAUAAAGAAAAACCAGCCUCUUCUUUGCAUUUGUACCCCAUGUAUACAGCCGGAUCUGAUAGGAAUGUAAUAGCUCUUAUUCUCUGAGACAAAAAAGGUUUCUGGCAUUGACAGAUAGCAGAGAGAGCUGCAGGCUGAUAGUGAAGCCUCUGCUGAAUUUUUAUCUCCCUCAGUAAAACAAAAGACAAACAAGCCUUGAGAGAUGUCAGCGAGUAAAGAAGUAACAGAGUUUUUUUAGAGUUAAGACACGAAGGUAUGUAAGGACAGCAUAAACAUGGUAAACCUGCAAACAUACAUACAGUACUGUUGUAGUUUCUGCGGCUUAUUUUGAAAGAAGAGUUGUUAACCUUGACUCCUAAUAGAGCUGAAAAUAUCUUAUAUAAAACCUUUCUCUCACCUAAAUGACAGAGUUGGCUGUCACUUUCCCUAGAUACCCUCAAACAUCCAUUAGGGUUUGUUUUUCAAUAAAAGAGAUGAUGUGGUAACCCCGUCUGCAUAACUAAAAGCUUUAUUCAUCAUCUUAAACUUGUUUCAAUACUGUUCUCCAGUACCUUUCGACUUUGUAUUAAGGUUUCAUUUCUUUGUUUCUGAGAGUCCAUUGUGUUUUGAACUUCAAAUUGUCUCUUUCCUCUGGUGUGACAUGUAUUUGGAAAUAUCUUUGGAUUUCAUUGUCUCACUUGAACAGUUUUAAAUUUUGUCAUUUUUUAUCACUUUUGUGUGCAGUAAAAUGCAGCUACACUGAAAGGGGAAUGAAGGCUUUGAAAACAAAAACUGUGAAUGUGAAGAGUUUGAUUUAUCCUCCUUUGAAAAAUCUGCAUUUAAGGCCUUAAGGGUUGUUUUUUUCUAAAUCUAGAAAACUAUUAAGAGUAUGUGAUGGACAAAUAACUUUUUCACUGACAGAUAAAUUAAUUUAAUUUACAAUUCAAAGUUGGGAUAAACAGAUGUUGACUGUUUGCAAAUUAUUAAAACCAAUUAUUUAAUUAAACAUGGUGCAAAGACA